AUGGCCACAAUCAAGUCUACAGAGGCGAAUCCCCCCGCCGAGAAUACCAACACACAAGACCAGCCCGGUGAAUAUUCCCGCUCAGGAAAGGGGAAAUUCCGCUUCAAAUCUUCCAAGUCCACAUCUAGAUCAGGGUCCAGGAGAAUCAAGCCUUACGAUCGCGACCAUGAUACCUAUGGCCACAGACAUCGUCAUCACCACUCAUCGAAACGACACAGACACAGGCACGCGCGCUCGCCAUCACCCACCUCAGUCGACCAGCCACACUCGCUCUCGGCGGAUACUGCCUUUAGAGAAUCGCUUUUUGAUGCCCUGGGAGAUGAUGAAGGCGCUGCAUACUGGGAGUCUGUUUAUGGACAGCCGAUCCACAACUUCGCGGUCCCCUCUGUGCCCAAGGGGCCCAAUGGUGAGUUGGAACAGAUGUCUGAUGAAGAGUAUGCGUCGUAUGUGAGGAGACGAAUGUGGGAGCGCACACGGGAGGGCAUGCUAGAGGAGCAAGAACGGCUACGAAAGGAACGGAUUCGCCAGAAGAAGCGAGAAGAGAGGUGGGGGCAAGAAUCGCGGGAGAAAAUGCAGUUUGAGCGUGCUAUGGAGGAAAGUCUACGAAGAGGGCAAGAGCGGCGACGACUGAAGGCCUGGAAGUCAAUCUGGGAGGCGUACUUGCGAUCAUGGGAUGAAGUCGAUAAGGCGGUCGCUGCGGUGAGCUCCAGUCGAGAUGAAAGUGAUAAUCAUCGGAGUCGGUUGCGCAAUCUUUUAUUCUGGCCUGUUGAGACAGGGAAGAGAAAGGAUGUGUCGCGCAGUAAUGUCGAGGAUUUUAUGCGUCAUACUCCAUUUUCAUCUGCCGACUCGAACACAGAUACAGACAAGGAGAUCACUUUGCCUGAUCUCCUUGCUACGCUUAAGUCAGAGCGAGUUCGAUGGCAUCCGGACAAGAUCCAGCAUCGCUAUGGUGCUCUGGGGAUCGACGAGGUCGUGAUGCGCAGUGUGACGGAGGUUUUCCAAAUCAUCGACACAAUGUGGAAUGAAUUGAAACCGAAACAUUCCUGA